AUGGCGGACAGUGGUGAUGCUGAGCAUGAAGUGACUUGGGAUAAAAAAUUAAUUUCCCAACCUUGGCAGCCAUUUUCUAUCGAUGAAAAUACGUAUAUAAUCAAAGCAGUAUUUGACGAACCUCUUCUCUCUUAUGAAUUUUGUAUAAGCGACUUUAAAAAGAUUUGGUACGAGAAGAUUGAUGGAGAGAAAUUCAAAGCCAUUUCUGAGGAGCUUAAUCCAAAUSUCGAGGCUGAAACCUUGUACUUGAUGAAGCACGUAUUCAAGAAUAUUKUAUCUCAACAACCCAACACAAUCUAUCAAAUUCAGGCAGACAAUGAUAAACUUCAGCUACAGUUAAAGACCAAAUUACAACCAGGUGUUUCAUAUGUUUGGUACUUUAACUGCCAAUGCACUGCUGGUCAAUUGAUGAACCAGUCUCUGAUURAACCCUUGGUUGCUAUGGUGGCUGAGUURCUAAGGAGGCAAAAUGAAUUAAAAGCAUUACUUCACAAGAAAGACAUGGAGAUUCAAGACUACAGAGAGUCAGAUGCGAAGCUKUCACRAAGUAUGUAUGACCAGUUWUGCUGWAUAGACAUAARACGGRAUUCCACUGUACAUUCUGUUCAAGAAUASCUGCAUGUUAAGYUGUUAAGGAAGUAUUGUACAUUUUUUUUUUGUUUUCAAAUAGAGAGCCUUGAAACAAAAACAUUUGAUGGAGAGUCAUUCAAUAAAAAGAUGUCCCAAUCAUCUGCAUUUGGUCAUGCUGUUGCUAAUGCCUCAAGGUUAGCAUUUACAGACUCAGCUCAAGAACUUUACAAACAUGUGGUAGAAAGACAAACCUGGCUUCAAGGCAGGGAUCCAAAAGAGGAAUAUGGAYUGCAAAUGCCAUGGGACGGUGUUGAUAGCUCACCUAACGUUUCCCCUUGCGUAUCACCUCAAAAGAUUACAACUCCAAAAGCUAAACCCUCUGCAUCUGUAGUCUCUCCUUCAAAGGAGCGUGAACUACAAAGAAGAGAAGAGCUUCGAAAAAAACUGGACGAGGAGGCAGAAAGAAAGAAAAGAAAAAAGAAAAAGAUCAAGUUAUGAGAACUAUGUGAUAAAGGUAGUGUAGGCAGUUGUUAUCGUCAGCUUUCUGAUCGUAGAGACGAURUUCGUUUAUUCUUUGAACACGAGAAAAAGUUGCUGGGAAAUAAGACAARAACACACAAAAAAGGACAAAAUACAAUACUAAAGAUAUGAUUUUAUGAAAGAACCUGCAUAUUAUUCGCUAUAAGAAGCAAUAGCAAGCUUUAUUUUUAUUUGCUUAUGAAACCAUACCAUGUAUAUUAUUUGCUAAAAAAAACAAAGCAGGAAAGGAKWCUCGAGGGUUAGUAAUUUAUAGACAACGCCGAUAAAACCUGUUUAUCAAUGAAGUUUCUUAUGCAAAUUUACCUGUUCUUUUAAGAGAAAUAUAAGGAAGUUCCCCUUCAGCUAGCUAUUGACAAGUCGAUAAAAACUGCUUAUCAAGUUCCGAAUAUAAAUCCACAAGUUUGAAAUAAAUUCAGCCGUUUUUUUMAUCGSUAUCGCAAGAAGGAAAUCGCUUAGAAACCAUUCUUUGAUACUUACAGGUCUUACAAAGUAUUCUCAUUAUGUUCUUUCUUUUUCGUUGUUGCUUUGCUGAAUGCCCCAAGGCUUUUAUGAAAAAAGAACUAAAAUAUUGUCUAAGGCUAACAACGUGAUAGUGUCUUGUCGUACGCCUACUUCCUUUGCAACUGUCACCACUACAYGAAAAAUCAAAUUGAUUUUGAAGCUCAAUUCAAUACGRGCCGCGUUUUCAAAUUAAUGUAAAACUCCAGUCACUGUUAUUAAUUCAUUUGUUUUGCAGUUUCUAAAGCUCAAUUUUGUCGCAAAAUAAUAAUGAUUUAUAAUGUCUACUUUUCUACGUUUGUAAUUGUUUUAGUUCUAAAGACAUAAUAAAUAAUAGUGAUUAUUAUUAAAUCUGCUUCUCCACAUGCAGGAACUAUUUUCUAGGUUAAGAAAUUGUUUUCUUUAUUCUGGCUUUUAAGUGCAUGAAAAGAGUUCWCACACAAAAACCACAUUGAUGCACUCAACCAAUGUCCAUUUUAAUGCAUCGCCUUAAGGCCUAUAUAAGUGUAGCUGGUGCCCUACUUUCAUKCCUAACGAGAACGGCAGAUAGACUCCCUUCAUGACAACCGUUCACGACAUCUUGUCUUUCUGUGCACGKACUUAUUAGUUUUGUCAGACUGAGUUCUGGUUUGGUUUCGUGUUUAUUU